UAACUGAAACUAAAAACAUUACCUAUAAAACAUAACCUAACAUACCACUGAACGACAAGAUUACCGUUACGUGCAAUUAUUGAGGCACGUUCAUGAGGAGAAAACAUAGUUCAAGAAUUUCUCCCGCACCGGCUCGCAGUCAAGGAUUUGUUUAGCAUCUUUUCAAUUUACUCAAGGGAACUAAAGCUGAGGAGUUACGAUUUUAUAGCGGAGGAAUUGACUUUUGUUUACAUUGAAACUAGUUUGAAUACUACUUGUUCAAUAUGCCAAAUAACUCCGAUUACGAUGACGUGGACGAUAUAGUAGCUGAAUAUGAAAGAUACGAUUUGGACGCAGAACAGGAUACCGAAGACAGAGAUGUAGGUUCUGGUAAUGAGGAAAACCAAGAUGAGAACACUGUACCGAGAAGAGUUGACCCUUCAGCCCCUAAAAAGCAUACAGUGAGAGACCCUAUACCGAAGCUAAGUACAGAACGUUUAACAGGUCCUAAAGGAUUACAAACUAUUGAGAAGUAUUUCGAGGGAUUUAAAUUUCAUGGUAAAGGACACGAGAAAUUUGAUUUGGAUAGAAUUCUAAAGAGAAUGGAGCACUGGUCGCAUAGAUUAUUUCCAAAAUUAGAAUUCGAUGCUUUCUUGGAAAGAUUAGAAAGGCUGGGUACUAAAAGAGACCUUCAGGUGUUUAUAACAAAAUAUAGGCAGGAUAUGAUUAAUCCAGACAUUGUUGCGUCGAACGAGGAUAUAGUAGACGAUGAUAACGAGAAGGAACAAGACGAGCCUAUAGAUGAGUUUGAUUUAUUAAUUGCUGAACAAAUAGAAAAACAGAAACAAGUUAGCAUACAAUCAGUUGAUAAAUCCACAGCCGAUGCUCUGUUUGAUGAAUUAAUGUCGCAACCAAAUAAUAAAGCCUCCCAGCCUAUGAAGGAAAGUACUAGUUCCUCACAGCCUAUGAAAGAAAAUACUAGUUCUUCCCAGCUAAGCGACGAAGUAAAAGAACGUAUAGAAAGGAAUAGGCAACAAGCUCUUCAAAGAAGACAAGCUAGACUGAAAGCUAUGGAAGAAGAAGCCAAGAAAAAAAGGUUGGAUGGAAGUAGUGGUACAGAAUUCGCAAAUAUUUCAAACAAUGCACAAACAUUGAACGAUACUCGGAGUCUGGAGAAUGAAGAUUUACAAAAAGUAGAAAAUGAAAAAGAGAAUUAAGACAAUUAUUACGAUAAAAUUGCUUUGUGAACAAGUUUUGUUAAACGAAAGUAUUGGUCAUAGCAUUUAGAUAAGGAUAAGUACAGUAAAUAAAAGAUUUUAUUAUAAAAAAAUUAUAUAGUUCUUCUUAAGCAUUCGUGUAUGUACGUUGAAUGAAUAAAAACCUAAUAAUAGUUAUGCAUUUAUUUUUACUUAGGUUCUACGUUUUUGUGUACUGAUAUACAAUACAUUGUUACCACGAAUGAAAGCAUCGCCGUACUUGUCUUUUAAUUGUCCAUUUACAUACUCUUCUGUUUGUUCGAGUGCUAUAUUCAUGUAACCAUCGAGACAGGCUAAAACACCUGCAAAAUAUGAAUGAUUAGUAACAAUUGGUAAUGUAAUUGAUAAAAUUGUAAACAAAUAUUUCACCUCUGUAAUCUACGCCGCUAUUUAAUUUUACAACAACAGGGCGUCCAUGAAUUUGUUGAAUAAAUUGAGAUAAUGCUUCCUUA